CCGAGGUACAGGGCCGCCGCCAAGUCCCAAGACUCCUGGGGGAGGCGGAGGACGCAAAGAGCGCACUGGGGGACCCGGAAACACCAGGCCAGACACGACCGGAUGUUGGAAACGGGCGCCCGAAGCGCGCGAAGGGGCGGGACAGAAGCGAAGAGCAGAUUGGCAUCGAGGGCGCAUGCGUGAGCGCUUGGCGGAGAAAGGCGCGAGCCCCCGGAAGUCGUGAGGAAGGACGAGGGCAUCAUUUCCGACAGGAGAGGUUUCUGGGGGAAACGAGUCGGAGCUAUUGGAAAAUGCAGUUCACAUCUCAGUUAGACCUGUUUCCUGAGUGCAUGGUUACGCUUCUCUUAUUUCGUGGUGUCAAAAAUGCCGGAGAUUUAAAAAAAAAGGCCAUGGAAGGUAGCAUCAAUGGAGCAUUAAUUAAUGCUACCAUGGUGCUCGAUCCAUUUCAGAUCCUCGCAGCAGCCAACAAAGCCGUCCAUCUCCACAAGCUUGGGAAAAUGAAGACGCGGACUCUGAGCACAGAAAUUAUCUUCAACCUUUCCCCUAACAACAGUAUUUCAGAGGCCUUGAAGAGGUUCGGCAUCUCAGACAGGGACACUUCGGUUUUAAUUGUUUGUGUCGAAGAAGGAGAAGACCGAAUGGAUCCAGAAGACCUCGUCUCCCAGGUGGAUGGUCAGCAGGUUCCCCUGGACAAGCUUGCAGAAAUAACAGACAUCACCAAAGUCAAAAAGACAUACAAACUGACUCCCAAAGAAGAAAAGAUCGGGACAUUAUUAGAAAGUGUCAUUUGCAGAAUGUCAACUAAAGAUGUUUUAUGAAGUAAAAAAAAGAAUCCACAUG